AUGGUCGAUACAGAGGCAAAACACAUGCAGAGACUCAUCACGGGUCUCAGAAGCAAAAUCCAAGGUAUAAUUGGGACAAUAACAUCCACAAACUAUGUCCAUGCCCUCGAUAUCACCAACAUGUUAAUUUUGUGUCUUNAGGCAAAAGCUCAAUUAGUUGGGAUUCAUGAGCGAGUGAGGAGCGACUUUGAGAGUAAUCAACUAUCAAAUCCAUCUGUUUCAAACACAACACAGCAAGGCAAGCGCAUGGCAACUGCAGCCAAUCCAAAUGCUGAAGAUGCUGCAGAGCUACUAAGAAUGUGCGUGCAUUGUGGCAUUCCCAAGACCUUUUCGAACGCACGAGGAAUGUUUUGUCCUCUAUGUGGCGAUCGUCCUCCCGAGCCAGACAGUGAAACCAAAAAGAAGGGAUCUACCGUGAAAGAUAAGGAAAAGAUUAAGAGAAUGAGGGGACAGUCGUCUCAUGCUUCUUGGAAGAGUGAAACAGAAAUGCAUCUGAGACAACAGUUUGAUUGA